GUAAAGAUUUUAAAACCUCUUCAUAAAUUUCCUUUUAAAAAAAAAAAUUCAUGUAUAUGCAAUGUAGUAAAGCCGAUGCCCAAAGUUCUAUAGUCACUUUCUUUUUUCUCCUUUAAGAUAACAUGUAUCCUGUUGAGAGAAGAAAUCCGGUGUUUGAAAAGGGUCAUAUGUGGUCCAUGCAGCAACCGUAUGUUAUCCAAUUAAAGGAUGGGGAUAUGUCCCAACAAAUGGUGCACCCAACAGCCACAUCACAAGAAAUUCAUUUCAAAUAUCGCAAAAAGCCUUUUGGGAAUCUGGAAGAAUGUGUCAUUAAACCUCCAGAACCGAGAAGUAUGGCUGAUGUUACGUCUUGGCGAGACCCAGAUCGCCCCCAGCAGGAUAUCAGACGACGGGAAAGAAGGGUUAAAGAAGUUGCUCACUUUGCUGGACAAAAUAAAGCCCCCAACAAAGUUCGGUCUGGACCACCCACUCAGACUCAGACCCAGACCCAUGGAGCAAACCGGCUACAACCAAAUGUUUCAGAUAUUACAAAAUCCCCAAAUAGUAAUAAAACAAGCAUAGAAGUAAAAGAUGGCGAGCUUGAGGUGGGUGCUUUAAAGAGAGGGCAUUCUCGAAAGUCAAAGAAACGUAGACGGAGAGGUUCUGCUAUGAAUGGAGACAGGCGAUUCAGCUUCCUGGAAAAUGAUGAAGAAGACAUACUUAAAAUGUAUGAAGAGGAUGGGGAGGAUGAACCAUCAACAGAAGAGGAUUUGUUGGAACAAAUCAGCGAACAGAAAGAUCUCAUUGAACAUGUUAAAUGUCAGCCAUGGACAAUGGCCAAGAAGAUGAAAAUAUUAAAAUUAGCGAAAGGUUUUGUGGAGAAACAUGAAGGUAGAUUAUCAAAAAGUAAAGGUUAUCAACAGAAAGGAAAACAGAUUUUCCGUCAGUUAAAGAGAACCUGGAGUAAUUUAGUGACCUCUCUUGUACCAUGGGAGAUGAAGAUUAAAAGAAUUGAAAGUCAUUUUGGUUCCGUGGUUGUAUCCUAUUUUGUCUUCCUCCGUUGGUUAAUUUGGGUUAAUGUAAUCUUGACUUUAAUGACCACAUGUUUUAUAGUUGUACCAGAACUUAUAGCUGGUGAACCACAUGGUAGUAAUAGUCGUAAAACAGUACCAGACGAUGAACUUGAUACGGCGGCUGAUCUCAAAACUAUAUGGAACGCAGGGUAUAAUGCGUCAAUCUCUGUUGUUUUACGGGUAUUAUGGUAGUGAGACUGUGAUUGGUGAUGGCUACCGACUUCCUCUUGCUUAUUUGAUCUGUGGUAUUGCAACAUUUGCUUACAGUUUUAUAGUGGUGC